AUGAUAAAAACAGUUUCUAUUGAUACGCCAAAUGCAAUGCUUUCGGACCAACUUGAAGCCUUUGAAGAGCUUCAAGAAACUGCUCGUCAGAAAUUAGGGCUUCCGAAGUCAAAGGUAUUAUGCCCUUUUAUGGCUGCUUUUAAACUGGCCCAAGCAGAAGAAGAAUCAAGAAAGGAAAGCGGAAAUACAGCUACAGAGAAACAUGAGCCAGAUGAUCUCGAGUUACUGAGCCCCCAAAUAGGUCAGGCAGCAAAGUUACUUUUUAACCCUUUAAUUCUAAACGAUUCAUCAAAAGAAGACGAUUCGAACCUCUCAAUUGACCUCGGUGCUUCAUCACAACUUAGCGCUAAAUAUGACAUUACAUCCAAAGAUGUGGAGGAUGCAUUGAGCCUAUCUGCAGAGUUAGCUGAUCCCGACUAUGAAGAUACUUCUGACCACUUCGUCUCAAGAAUAAAAAGAGUACGCAAUAGUCGCCAUAUCAGCCUUUUCACGGAAGAAGAAAUAGCUGAAGAAAAACGUAUUCGCCAGCAGCAAUUAAGUAAAAUGUUUGAAAUGAUAUCCAACGAGCCAGACCGAUUUGGAGUGACUUCUCUUUCUGAAAUCGAGCACCAGCUGGCGCUGUACACCUGA